AUGCCGCCACGCCAUGCGAUUCCCAUGAGGCCAUCAGGUGUUUCGUCUCGUCGCGAUGCUGUACAAGGUAAAUACGCAAAUACAGCUGGACAGGAUGGUAGUGCGCAUCAUCCGUGGCGGAGCAGUCUCGAUCUUGUAUGGUCAUAUUCACGGUCCCAGGCCUAUUUUGGCGACAACCUCAUGAGCUCACCAAGCUUUGUGGAACGUCACUGGGGUGAGGAUAGUCAGGCGGAUACAGAGAGUGAUAUCAUGGCGGGCUCUGACUCGUGUCAUACGAGCACUCACCAUCCCGAGGACCACGAGCCGUCUCUGGAGCCAACGGCCCUGUCGGACGAAGAGUCGUUGCACGGGGCGCGUGUGCGUGAUCGUGGACCUGCAUCUGUAGAGUCAAGGAAUUACUACUCGAUGCUGGAUCGUGAUAUGGAUACCACGCUGCACCAUUCGCGUCGCCCCUCCUCGAGAUCAAAAACGCCGCUCCGUGCCAGUCCUUUUGCACACAGCGACAGCGACUAUGACGAGGGUGUGAGUGACGUUACACCAGAGUGCAUGGCUGCAGAUUGCCAGCAGGGUGAGCACCCAGAUCUCGCACGCACGCUGUCGCAAGGCACAUCUUCUGCCGCCCACAAGGUCAAUCCACAUGCCCCGCUUCGUGCUUGGGCGCCCUACUUGCAUGACCCCUAUCAUGUCGAUGAGCGGUCCCACCUUUUGUGUGUGACGGGCGGCUCAGAGUACCAACAAGAACUAAUCACUUCCACAGGGCCCAAGAGCACGUUUUGGCAGUCGUGGUUCAAUGCCGUGAAUGCUCUGAUUGGUGUCGGCAUUCUUUCGAUGCCCUUUGUCUUUGCACAGUGUGGCUGGCUGGGUGGAUGCGUAUUGCUGGUGCUCUGUGCUCUGCUCACGAACUGGAGCGGCAAGCUUUUGACGCAGAUUAUGGUCCGUGAUCCCAGCCUUCAGACGUACGCAGAUAUCGGCACGUAUGCAUUUGGACCAGGGGCACGUGUAUGGGUCGGUCUGUUGCUGUCUCUGGAAAUGUUUAUGGUAGCCGUGGCUCUCAUCAUUCUCUUCAGCGAUAGCUUGGCGGCUCUCGUGUUUGGUCAAGGUCAGGAGCCCAGUGCUUCUUGGCUGCUCCUCUUCAAGGUCCUGGGCUUUGCUGUGUCCGUUCCCACCCUCUUCCUGCCACUGUCAUUCUUAUCUCCUGUAUCUUUGAUGGGCCUUGUCAGUAUUGUGGUCCUCUCUGUCGUACUCGCCAUCGAUGGACUCAUCAAGAGCUCGGCUCCUGGCAGUUUGUGGGAUCCGUCGCCCACGACUUGGGCACCGCAAUGGUCGGGCUUUGGUCUGGGCUUUGGCUUGCUGAUGUCAGGCUUCUCUGCGCACCCUAUCAUACCCUCUUUGUAUCGUGAUAUGCAGCAGCCUGCCCUAUUUGGACAGAUGAUCGACUUGGCGUACCUUACCGCCGUCGGCCUGUACAUGGCCGUGGCGACGAUGGGCUACCUCAUGUUUGGCAGCCUUGUCUCAGACGAGGUGAGCAAAGACCUUGCACGCACACCGCAUAUGCCUGUUGUACUCACAUGUAUAUGCGUAGGUCUUCUCACGUUCAAUCCCGUCACCAAGUUUGCUCUUGCGCUUCGACCCAUCCAGGCUCUGUUUGAGUCGGCGCUCUUGAAGCACGACGAUCCAAGGCCCGCCGUAUCUCAAGGCAAGCAGCAUUUUCUCUCGAUCGCACUUUCAGGCGCUGUGCUGCUCACAGCUGUCACGUUCCCGAACAUUGUCCGUGUGAUGGGUUUCCUCGGUGCGUUUCUUGCAUGCUCAACAUGCAUCUUUGGCCCAUGCCUGGCAGGCAUGGUCAUUUUCCGGAAGGAACGCACGUGGCUCCGCCUUCUCCUUGAUGUUGUCAUUCUUGGCGUAUCUCUUCUACUCUGCCUUCAUGGCACGCUUGCAUCGCUGCGGUACACGAGCUAG